AAACACUCCUUUUCGUAUCAGUAUAAUUAGGAAUUUACCGUUUUCUCCUUUUCACACCCUCAAACAAAUUCGCAAUAUAUUCCCUCUUUCCACCCUCUGAACUCUCAUUUUCAAUUCUCACUUUCUCACUCUUCAGAUUCAAAUCGAGCUACUCACAAACCCUAGUUUCUGAAGCAUGGGUCAGAUCCAGUACUCUGAGAAGUAUUUUGAUGAUAAUUAUGAGUAUAGGCAUGUUGUUCUGCCUCCUGAAGUUGCUAAAUUGCUUCCUAAGAAUCGGCUUCUCUCUGAAAACGAGUGGCGUGCUAUUGGUGUUCAGCAGAGCCGUGGCUGGGUUCAUUAUGCUAUUCAUCGUCCUGAGCCACACAUUAUGCUUUUCAGGAGGCCUCUGAAUUAUCAGCAGCAGCAGGAUAACCAGGCACAGCAAAGCAUGCUUGUUAAGUGAUAUUUUAACUUCUGAAACUCAAAUGGAUACAAUAUUAUAAGCUUUUUAUUGUUUUUGGUGUACUUCUCGUGUACUGUCUGGUGGAUUAUAGAAGUCUGCUAGUUACUCUAUUCCAGUGAUCUUUUGCAUAAUCCAUUUGUUUUUGCGUUAAUAUCCUAUAACGCUUGUAAACAUUUUCAAGUUCCUAUUCUUAAAAACAAAAUUUUAAGAA